CGGUCCUCGGGCCGAGCGCUCUCCCGGUUCGGAGCGCUGGCAAUAAGAAAAGAAAGGAAACAAGAGAGAGAGGUUGAGGGAGAGUGAGGGAUUAGGUUUUUUCGGGGGCUUCCCAAUGGUUGUUUGAAGUCUUAGAAGAAGAAGAAGAAGAAGAGCCGUGUGCCAGAAAAUUAGGGUUUUUCGUCUCAAAGCAGGAUAGGGAUUCAGUGCAGCGCUAAAUUGAUUAUCUUUGAAUCUAGGGUUUGUUCUGGAGUUUUGUUUGGUUUAUAUGUAUAUAUUAGUUUGUUUGUUGCUUCAUCUGUUGCAGAAUAUUUAAGAGAUUAUUGCUGUGUAAUCUCUGUUUUCUAUGCUCUUGAAUCGAUUUGUUUUGCCUGUGUUUUAGAUUGAAAAUACUGUGUAUGAGAUUUUAGGCCUUCGUAUUUGAUGGACGAGAUCUGGGAGAGGGCCGUGGAAACAGCCCUCGACGGUCAGACGGACUUUGCCUCUGCUCGAACCCUAACCCUAGACGGAGCCGUGAAGUGCGUGCACGGACGUCUCCCUCCUCCCGGCCUCUUGGAGAAAUACGAGAAUCUACAACACCUCUCCAUCGCAAACAUCGGAGUUUCAUCCCUUGAGCAGUUCCCGCGGCUCCGAAAUCUCCAAAAGCUCAUUCUGUCUGAUAAUCGGAUCGCCGGCGGCCUUGAAUUCCUUGUGGAAGCGGGCCUUGAGUCGCUGCGGGACCUUGACCUCUCAAACAAUAGAAUUCAAUUUAUUGAAGAUCUCACGCCGCUUGCGCAGCUCAGGCUCGUGUCGCUCGAUCUGUACGAGUGUCCUGUUACGCGCGUGAAAGAUUACCGGUCUAGGGUUUUUGGAUUGAUUAGGUCUUUGAAGUACUUGGAUAAAAUGGACGCGGAAGAGAAUGAGAGGCCCGAGUCGGAUGAUGAGGAGGAUGAAGAAGAGGGCGAGGAGGAUGAUCCUGGGAGUGGGGAGAUUGAUGGCGAAGAUCGCCCCUAUAAUAAUGGCCACAGUGUGGGAUGUGAAGGCAUAGUUGAUGUUGAUGAGGAUGAAGAAAGCGAUGCAGAUGAGGAGGAGGUGGAGACGUCAAGGAGGGUGAAUGGAUUGCACCAUCAAGCGAAUGGGUUUCGGGUGGCACCUGUGAUGGACCGUGACGAUGAUGAGGAAGAAGAUGGGGAGGAUGAAGAAGAUGGUGAUUCGAGGGAGGAGAUUGACGAGGAGGACUCUGAUGAUGAAGAUGUAGUCGAGGUUCAUGAGAUUGAGGACAGUGACGAUGAGGAAGACGGGGUUGAGGAUGACGAGGAUGAUGAUGAGGAUGAUGAGGAUGAGGAUGAAGAGGAGGGGGUAGACAAUGAAGAAGGGGACUUUGCUGAGCCGGAGAGCACUGGGCGGCUGACAAGCACAGAGGGGGAGAUUGAUGGCCACGAGCAGGGAGAGGAAGACGGAGAGGACGAUGAUAAUGGCGAGACUGGGGAGGAAGAGCAGCAGGGUAUUGAAGAUGGGGAUUUUGAUGAUGAAGAGGGUGAGGAGGAAGAAGAUUGUGGUGCAGGCUACUUAGUUCAGCCAGUGGGGCAGCAGGUUGAGGAAGAUGCUGAUGCUGGUGGCAGUGAUAUGGAUGCAGGAAAUGAAGAAGAAGAUUCUGAAGAGGAAGAAGUUGAAGAUGAGGAUGUGCAAGUGCUGCCAUCCUCUUCUACGCUGCCAAAGAGGAAGAGAGAUGAAGAUGAGGAUGAUGAUGAUGGUGAUGAUGCUGAGGAAGAUGAUCUUGUUGAAUACACAAUGAGGAGGUCGUCAUCGAAGAAGCAGAGGUGAAGUGCAUGUCUAUGGGGCGUAGCUUUCUCAGUAGAAGAUAAACGACUGGUGGGUAGAAUUUUAGAAACUCAUAAUGGCAUAAUCGUCUAGUUCUUCCCGGACAGUAUUUAGGCAGAGGGAAAUGUCUUGAUAUAUAUUUUUGAAAUUUUUUUUUUCGAAUAUUAACUUUUGCUGGCAGAUUGUUUAAAAAGCCGUUAGGGUAUUUGUACUGCUUUCCCUUCCCUUGUAGCCGUUGCUUUUGUUGAUUCAAAUGGCAGUUAUGAGCGGUUCAUUCUCUCUCAUUCUGGGCCUUAUUAUGGUCAGGAGGGGAGGGAGGGAAAAGAGAGGGGUGGGGGGGGUUGGGUUGGGUUGGUCCAGAUUUGAACGUGGAGGGAAAAAAGGAAAAAAAAAAAAAAAAAAACCGGAACUGGAACAGACGCUUGUUUAUUCUUCUAUGUUUGUGGAAUCAGUUUUAUUGAAAAUGUCGUUCUGUAAAA